AUGGAUUCUCACACCACCACCACAUCCGACGCGCCGCCCAGUGAAUCAACACCUCUGCUGCCGACCGAGACUCGUCCCAAGGCAGCGCGAACCGUUACAUUUAGCGAUAACCCCGUCACGCGAACCAUCGAGCCCAGCCGACUACAAUUGCAACCGCGAAGCCCUCACCAUCAUGGCUCCGGAUCAAGCAGCGCCGCUGGCGGCCCUCCCAUGCUCACAGCCCUCAACAACAAGCUCCGCAGACGCAACAGCCAGGGAUCUGUGCCCGCGGUAGCUCAUCUGGCCCUCGGGCCCAAGAUUGGUCCCCAGCGAAGCACCAAGAAGACGGAGAAGCUCAAGCUACUCCCCGCCCCGGACCUGGACGAGGAGGCCGACGAAGAAAGCGGAAGAGAUGUCUAUUCUCAGUACACGAGGAUUAAAGAUCCUGCCGCGCGAAGGGAUGCGGCAAAGCUGGGUAAGGCAGACAGAGACCGGCUCCCCCGUGUAACAGCGUACUGUACCGCGAACCGUUACGAGAUGGACGCCCUGAUGAGGUUCCUCAAGGGGAGGGGCAAGACCAGGGGCGCAAGCCCCAAACUCAUCGACGAAUGCAUAUACACGCCGUACAACUACGGUGCCAAGAGCGCUCGCAGCCGCGAUCCGGUUCAGAACUAUGAGCGACGACACUCUACUGGCGGCGACGCCAUGGAUGAGAGGCCCCAGAGGAGCGACUUGAUGAAUCUUCAGCAAGAAGGAGUUGAACCAGAGACUCGAGACCACUCCUCAGGUCACAACGGCCAUACCAAUGGGAACGGUUCCCAUAUUGGCAACGAAGAGCUUUUGGGUUCCGCCGUGGAUGACCGUGACCCCAUCGAGAACAGUCCGGACUUCGACACACAUAUACACACACCCGAGGUGUUCCUUUUUGACUACGGAGUUGUUGUCAUCUGGGGAAUGACCGAGGCCCACGAGGCCAGGUUCCUGAAGGAGAUAUCCAAAUUUGAGACGGAGAAGCUCGCGGCCGACGAUGUUGAGACGGAAAAGUUCAACUUUUACUACACAAAGGACUACCAGGCCCGCAUAUACAACGAUUUUAUCACCCUGCGCGACAAGAACAACUACAUGACCAAGCUAGCCAUCUCGCAUGCGGUGGCGCAGAGCGUCAAGACUUCACUCUACGAGGAAUUGAUAGCGUCAACCGUCGAAACGUGCAAAGACAUUCCCACCCAAAUAGCGACGACGGGAAAGAUUGCGCUCCGGCGAUCGCAGAUCAACAUGCAGAUCGGCGAGCUCUUUAUCCUCCGCAUCAGCAUCCACCUCAACGGCUCCGUCCUCGACACUCCUGAGCUGUUCUGGGUAGAACCGCAGCUCGAGCCCGUGUACCAGGCUGUGAGGAGUUACUUAGAGAUGGACCAGCGUGUUGGUCUUCUCACAGAACGUCUCGACGUCAUUGCCGAUUUGUUAGCUGUGCUAAAGGGAGAGCUUAGCCACGGCCAUGAUGAGAAGUUGGAGUGGAUUGUGAUUAUUCUCAUUGCAGCCGAAAUCCUCGUCGCCGCGAUAAAUAUCGUCGUCGACUUGUACAUUGGUGACUAG